AUGCAUAGCAAGGUGGUGAUUAUUGGCUCCGGCCCUGCAGCGCAUACUGCUGCUGUUUACCUGGCGAGAGCAGAGUUGAAGCCUGUGCUGUAUGAGGGGUUCCUUGCUAAUGGUAUCGCUGCUGGUGGACAAUUGACUACGACUACCGAUGUCGAGAAUUACCCAGGUUUCCCAGAUGGAAUUGGAGGUGCUGAGUUGAUGGACAACAUGCGCAAACAAUCCGAACGAUUCGGCACAGAAAUCAUCACCGAGACAGUAGCAAAGGUCGACCUGUCAAAAAGACCAUUCAAAUACUGGAACGAAUACGCCGAGGACAAGGAACCAAAUACCGCUGAUACCAUCAUCAUCGCAACAGGUGCUUCAGCACGAAGACUGGGUCUUGAAGGAGAGGAGAAAUACUGGCAAAAUGGUAUCUCAGCCUGCGCCGUCUGCGAUGGAGCCGUGCCAAUUUUCAGAAACAAGCCAUUAGUCGUUAUCGGUGGAGGAGAUUCUGCGGCAGAGGAAGCUAUGUUCCUUACAAAAUACGGAUCUCACGUCGUGGUGCUGGUACGAAAAGAGGUGCUCAGAGCGUCGAGCAUCAUGGCCAAGCGAUUAAUGGCCAACAAGAAGGUGACCGUCAAAUUCAACACCGUUGGAGUGGAAGUCAAGGGUGACGAUCGGGGAUUGAUGAGCCAUAUGGUCAUUAAGGAUGUUAAGACUGGAAAGGAGGAGACUAUGGAGGCUAAUGGACUCUUCUAUGCUGUUGGACACGAUCCAGCGACUGCUUUAGUGAAGGGCCAGCUUGAUACCGAUGAUGAGGGUUAUAUCAUCACGAAGCCAGGAACGAGUUAUACCAAUAUUGAGGGUGUUUUCGCUGCUGGUGAUGUGCAGGAUAAGCGAUAUAGACAGGCUAUCACCUCAGCUGGUUCUGGUUGCAUAGCAGCUCUCGAAGCCGAGAAGUUCCUUGCCGAGCAUGAAGAUGAUGUGCAGGAUGGCCUUGAGGGAGAGAAGGGCGCUGAGAAGGGAAACAGUGUUGUGGUUCCGGAAUACCGCUCUAAUCCUUUGCUAUAG